GCUGCAGCACAGCCGGCUCCGGGGCCGCCAGCACGGCCCCAACGUGUGUGCUGUGCAGAAGCUCAUUGGCACCAACAAGAAGUACUUCACCAACUGCAAGCAGUGGUACCAGAGGAAAAUCUGCGGCAAGUCAACAGUCAUCAGCUACGAGUGCUGUCCUGGAUAUGAAAAAGUCCCAGGCGAGAAGGGCUGUCCAGCAGCCCUGCCGCUCUCAAACCUUUAUGAGACCCUGGGAGUCGUUGGAUCGACCACCACUCAGCUGUACACGGACCGCACAGAGAAGCUGAGGCCUGAGAUGGAGGGGCCCGGCAGCUUCACCAUCUUUGCCCCUAGCAACGAGGCCUGGAGUUCCUUGUCAGUCGAGGUGCUGGACUCCUUGGUGAGCAACGUCAACAUCGAGCUGCUCAACGCCCUUCGCUACCACAUGGUGGACAGGCGGGUCCUGACUGACGAGCUGAAACAUGGCAUGGCCCUCACCUCCAUGUACCAGAAUUCCAACAUCCAAAUCCACCACUAUCCCAAUGGGAUUAUAACCGUCAAUUGCGCUCGGCUGCUGAAGGCUGACCACCACGCGACCAACGGUGUGGUGCACCUCAUUGAUAAGGUCAUCUCCACGGUCUCCAACAACAUCCAGCAGAUCCUCGAGAUCGAGGACACUUUUGAGACUCUUCGGGCUGCCGUGGCUGCAGCGGGGCUCAACACCCUGCUCGAGGGUGACGGCCAGUUCACGCUCUUGGCCCCGACCAAUGAGGCCUUUGAGAAGAUCCCUGCUGAGACCUUGAACCGGAUCCUGGGCGACCCAGAGGCCCUGCGAGGUGAACGGAACAAUCACAUACUGAAGUCAGCCAUGUGUGCUGAAGCCAUUGUGGCAGGGAUGUCUGUGGAGACCCUGGAGGGCACGACCCUGGAGGUGGGCUGUAGCGGGGACAUGCUUACCAUCGACGGGAAGGCAAUCAUCUCCAAUAAAGACAUCCUGGCCACCAACGGCGUGAUCCACUACAUUGAUGAGCUGCUCAUCCCGGACUCAGCCAAGACACUAUUUGAGUUGGCUGAAGGGUCUGACGUUUCUACAACCAUUGACCUUUUUAGACAAGCUGGCCUCGGCACUCAUCUCUCCGGAAACGAGCAGCUGACCCUCCUGGCACCCCUGAAUUCUGUAUUCAAAGAUGGAACCCCUCGCAUCGAUGCCAAGAUGAAGAAUUUGCUUCUGAACCAUAUAAUUAAAGACCAGCUGGCCUCCAAGUAUCUGUACCAUGGACAGACUCUGGACACUCUGGGUGGCAAAAAACUGAGAGUUUUUGUUUAUCGUAAU